AUGAAAGAAUAUAAAGUAGUAGUACUUGGUCCUGGCGGUGUUGGCAAAUCGGCAUUGACUGAUUUCUACCGUAAAGAAAUCGAAGUUGAUAGUGAACCUGCCUAUUUAGAAAUACUCGAUACCGCCGGCACCGAACAGUUUGCAUCUAUGCGUGAUCUUUAUAUAAAAAAUGGACGUGGCUUUCUUGUUGUAUUUAGUUUAACAUCAUGGCAGUCAUUUGUUGAUAUUCGUACGAUGCGCGAACAAAUCCUUCGUGUUAAAGGUACUGAUAAUGUUCCAAUAUGUCUUAUUGGAAAUAAAUGUGACGCAUCAUUACAACGGCAAGUUACACCCGAUGAUGCACUGGAAUUAGCGCAAGCAUGGAGUUGUCCGUAUAUUGAAACUUCAGCUAAAUUAGCUAUUAACGUUAAUGAUACAUUUGCUGAAAUCGUACGAGAAAUAAACGCCAGAAUCAAAACGAAAAAGAGCAGAAAGAAGAAAAAGAAAUAUCGAAGAAGAUUUCUAAAUUGUUGCUCAUCACCGUGA